CUUUGACGGAAGCAGCAUACGAGUGACGUAAAAGUGUUGCGCCGUUGGUGAUUCCGGAAGAAACCAGAGUGCGGCGUGAACAUGGGAAAGCAAAAGAAAACAAGGAAGUAUGCGACCAUGAAGCGAAUGCUUAGUCUCAGAGAUCAGAGGCUUAAAGAAAAGGAUAGAUUAAAACCUAAAAAGAAAGAAAAGAAAGAUCCCAGUGCACUCAAGGAAAGAGAAGUCCCCCAACACCCUUCUUGCCUAUUCUUCCAAUAUAACACACAGCUGGGGCCCCCUUACCACAUCCUGGUUGAUACCAACUUUAUCAACUUUUCCAUUAAAGCCAAACUGGACUUAGUACAGUCAAUGAUGGACUGUCUGUAUGCCAAGUGUAUCCCUUGUAUAACUGACUGUGUAAUGGCUGAAAUUGAGAAAUUGGGGCAGAAGUAUCGAGUGGCUCUAAGGAUUGCCAAGGAUCCAAGAUUCGAACGAUUACCAUGCACACACAAAGGAACCUAUGCAGAUGACUGCUUAGUACAGAGAGUAACUCAGCACAAGUGUUACAUUGUGGCCACGGUUGACCGAGACCUUAAACGAAGAAUCAGAAAGAUCCCUGGAGUUCCCAUCAUGUAUAUUUCUAACCAUAGGUACAACAUUGAGCGGAUGCCCGAUGAUUAUGGAGCCCCUAGGUUCUAAUUCUUAAAAGAUAAAAUUCAUCUGCUUUCCUUCAACCAACUUUCUCUGUUGCCAGUUUAUUAAACAUGCUACAGCAUGAAUUAUUCUACUCAGACAUUUGCUCUGUUAUAAGCUGAGUAUGGUUAAAUACACUCAGUUUUUGAUAUUUGAAAAUGAUAUUUUUGUAUCAUUUAAAAAUUUGUUGCAUUUUUUUAUAGAUCAGAUGACUGCUCACAAAUUUAAUGGUUGUUUUAUAUUGAUUUACUCAAAUAUUUAUUAAGGUUAUACUAGGUACUUAAUAAGAUAGGGUCCUCAAGACACUCAUAGUGGGAAAGAGGAGCAUGUAGGUGAAUAAAUAUAGUAAAAUAAUAAUGCUAAGAUAAAAGUAUGAGGAGUAGACACAUAAAAAAGAUGAUUUUUUUCUAUUCAGUUGGGGUGGGAAGGGAGGAAAAGCUAAAGGUAGCAAUGUUUAAGUUCAUCUUUUUUUAAAAUUUAUUGGGGUGACACUGGUUAAUAAAAUUAUAUAGGUUUCAAGUGUACAGUUUUAUAAUACAUCAUCUUUGAGUUAAUCUUUAAAAAUAAAUAGGUGCUUGCCCAGUAAAUGAGAUAAAGGAAAUGAGGCACAGGAAGCAUCUGAACAAAGCAUGGACAUAGAUAUUACAUGAAAUGAAUGUAUCUGGUCUGUUCAGACAACUGCCAGAAGAUUUUUAUAACUAGAACAUGGGAAAGAGGUCUAUACUCAUGUCUGAGACUCCAAAGGUAAGAGGUGGGAGGGAGGGAACCUUAUAUGACAUGCUAAAUGGAUCGGUCUUGAUCCUGAGGUCAAUAGGGAGUUAUUAAAAUUUAAUUAGGGUGAUAACAUGAUCAGUUUAGAUAUUUUAAAUGAUCACAAAUUAGUGUAGGAAUAGACAAAUAGAUCAUUGAAACAGUAGAAAGUCCAUAAAGAGAUCUAUAUAUUUAUGGCAGUUUGGUGUAUUUUAAAGGUGGUAUUUCAAAUCUGUGGGAAAAGGAAGUUGUUUUAGAAAAACCAAAUAGUGUGGAGGCUACUAGGAUUAGAAUCUUGAUUUUACCAUUUAGUGUAUGUAUGAAUUGGACAGAACUACAUAACCAUUUGGUACCCUCCUUGUUUCCUCUUUAAAAUGUUUUGUUUAAUCCUAAAAACAACUUUGAUAAAAUGAGAUUAAAUUGAGCAGUACCUGAAACAAGUAAGUGGUAUUCAAUAAGUGUUAGUAAUUAUUUUAUUAUAAUGGCAAGUUGGCUAUCCUUUUGAUAAAAACUUUCAGAUUCCUACUUCAUAUCCUUCAUGAGAAUAUAUUUCAAGUGGACUAAAGUUCUAAACUUUUUUUAAGCUAUGGAAGUAUUAGGAAAAAUAAAACACGAAAAAUAUGUAUAAUCUUUGGGUAGAAUUCUUAAAUAAGAUGAAGAAUGUUAAAGCCAUAAAAGAAAAGAUUGAUUAGUAUGACUAUGUUAAAAUUAUAGAUUUCUGUGCAAAGCAUCUCCUCCAAAUAUUGACAGGUGACUGACCGGAAGAUUUUCCAAGAGUGUGAGGAAUUAGGUAGUCAUGUGGUGCUGACAAAAGUUUAACCAUUUUAGACAGCAGUUGGGCAAGAGCCAUUAAAAUAAAAAUUGCAGAUACCCUGUGA